GAGGUGGCGUCCCUCCUAGGCGCGCUGUGUCUUGUGGGUGGGAAGGUUGUGGGGGUCUUGGCGUUUCGCGCAAUGCUGCGGUGGGGAGACCGGGAGCUGACACCGAGACACUUGAAUUAGCGUUACCAGCAGAGAAAUGGAGGAGCCGUAGAACAUUAAGGAUGAAUUCAGGAAGACCCGAGACCAUGGAGAACCUGCCUGCUCUCUACACUAUUUUCCAAGGAGAGGUUGCUAUGGUGACAGACUAUGGAGCCUUUAUCAAAAUCCCAGGCUGUCGGAAGCAAGGUUUGGUCCAUCGAACUCACAUGUCAUCCUGUCGCGUGGAUAAGCCCUCCGAGAUCGUAGAUGUUGGGGACAAAGUGUGGGUGAAGCUUAUUGGCCGAGAGAUGAAAAAUGAUAGAAUAAAAGUAUCCCUCUCCAUGAAAGUCGUCAACCAAGGGACUGGGAAAGACCUUGACCCCAACAACGUUAUCAUUGAGCAGGAAGAGAGGCGGAGGCGGUCCUUCCAGGAUUACACCGGGCAGAAGAUCACCCUCGAGGCCGUCCUGAACACCACCUGCAAGAAGUGUGGCUGUAAAGGCCACUUCGCAAAGGAUUGUUUUAUGCAACCGGGAGGGACCAAAUAUUCUCUGAUACCGGAUGAGGAAGAGGAGAAGGAAGAGGCAAAGUCAGCAGAGUUUGAGAAGCCUGACCCCACGAGGAAUUCUUCGAGAAAAAGAAAGAAGGAAAAGAAAAAAAAGAAACACAGAGACAGGAAGUCCUCUGACUCGGACAGCUCAGACUCUGAGAGUGACACGGGCAAGAGGGCAAGGCACACCUCCAAGGACAGCAAGGCGGCCAAGAAGAAGAAGAAGAAGAAAAAGCACAAGAAGAAGCACAAGGAGUGAGAGCCCAAGAGGGUAGAGGGGUGGCUAGAGGAGGAGGAGCCAGGAGCCCGGUGCCUUGCAGCCCUGGCUCCCUGAAGGACUCAGUGGCGAGAAAGUGGCCUCCCACCCCGCUGGCUCCUCGCCCUUAGGGGCCGGCCUCCCCUCAUGCAGCAGGCGGGCUCGGGCCUUAGGUGUCAGGAGCAUCUGCCUGAAGAGUUGUUGUUAACAUAUCAUUCCUGGUCCCUUUGCAAGUGACCCCUGCAGCUCACCCAUUCAUUCGCUCAGCUUCCUUUGCCCAGCAGGCUGUCUGAUGAUCCUCUCCAGCAGCCACUGCCAGAGCCAGACCCCUGCACAGGAGUCCGGGCUGCGGCCACAGGUACUGCUGUGGAGCCGAGUCUGGCUGGGGUUGGAGAACAGAGUGACGGGCCCCUCCCUGGCGGGUCUGCCCCCGGCUGCUGGGUGAGCCAUCUCUGCAGCAUCCACCCCAGGGGCCCGGGGAGACCGGCAGGGUGAGGGAGAACACGGUAAGAAGUGGUGCUCACUUUCCCCCUUCCCCCUAACGUGAUUCAGCCAUGCUACAAGUGACAGCCAGAAAACCAUCGUCUGCAGCGACCGAGCUUGCGUGUGACAUUCUGUCAGACCACUGAACCAGAUAGCUCAAGCCAAGAUCAUUGCUUUACUUUGUAUUUACUACUGUGUGACUCAGUUAGUUCCAUUUCAGGUGUCUGCUUAAAUUCCUGGCACUAAAUGGAAGUGUGUUUGGUUUUAAACUUA